AUUAUUAAUUCAAGAAAAUAUUGCAGAUGGUAAUUGUUGUAGAUGAUGAAGACAGAGAAAAUGAGGGAGAUCUUAUAAUGGCAGCAUCCUUGGCAACGCCAGAAGCUAUGGCUUUUAUUGUCAAGCAUGGAACUGGGAUUGUUUGUGUGAGUAUGAAAGGAGAAGACUUAGAGAGGUUGCAACUUCCACUUAUGGUGACACAGAAGGAGAAUGAAGAAAAACUUAGUACAGCAUUCACUGUCUCAGUGGAUGCAAAACGUGGCACAACAACUGGUGUUUCUGCUCGCGAUAGAGCUGUGACAGUCUUGGCUCUUGCAUCGAGGAAUUCAAAACCUGAAGAUUUCAACCGCCCAGGACAUAUCUUUCCCCUUAAGUACAGGGAGGGAGGAGUUCUAAAAAGAGCUGGUCACACUGAAGCUUCAGUUGAUCUUGCUAUGUUGGCUGGGCAAGAUCCGGUAGCAGUUUUAUGUGAAAUUGUGGAUGAUGACGGUUCUAUGGCUAGAUUACCAAAGCUUCGUCAAUUUGCACGGGCAGAAAACUUGAAAAUUAUUUCCAUUGCUGAUUUGAUCAGAUAUAGGAGGAAAAGGGACAAGUUGGUGGAGCGGGCUGGAGUUGCACGGAUACCCACAAUGUGGGGGCCAUUUGAGGCCUACUGUUAUAAGUCAUUGCUUGAUGGGAUUGAGCACAUUGCUAUGGUUAAAGGUGAAAUUGAGGACGGGAAAGAUAUACUUGUGAGGGUACAUUCCGAGUGUCUCACAGGUGACAUAUUUGGAUCAGCCAGAUGUGACUGUGGAGACCAGCUAUCUCUUGCAAUGAAGCAAAUUGAAGCAGCUGGUAGGGGUGUUUUGGUGUAUCUCCGUGGACAUGAAGGUAGAGGAAUUGGUUUGGGCCACAAGCUCCGAGCUUAUAACCUGCAGGAUGAUGGGAGUGACACGGUUGAAGCCAAUGAAGAGCUAGGAUUACCAGUUGAUUCUCGUGAGUAUGGCAUAGGUGCACAGAUACUACGAGAUCUAGGUGUUCGAACAAUGAGGCUGAUGACGAACAAUCCUGCAAAGUAUAUUGGACUCAAGGGUUAUGGUUUGGCCAUUGCUGGCAGGGUCCCAUUAUUGGCACCAAUAACUAGGGAGAACCAGAGAUACUUGGAGACCAAACGUGCAAAAAUGGGGCAUGUCUAUGGUUCCAAUUCUAAUGGUAAUGUAAAUGGCACCACUGAUUAAAGUAGUUCAAACAUUGACAACCCAUCUACCGGCAUGUCGGAGACAUGAGCACUUCAGGUGUGUAACCUGCUGUCAGAGUUAUUCAGAUAUAUAACUUUGGCUACAAUCUUUUUGUGAGAUUUCAAAUGUGUGUGGUGCUUUAUAGAUACAUCCAGUCCAGUCAUAAUGUGUUUGGCACACUGGAUAGUAAAGGGCGGGAUUGGAUUGGAUUGGAUUAUCUUGGGAGAAUUAUAAGGAUAUGGAAAUCCUAUUGGAUUUUUAUAUUCGUCCAUGUGAAUAAAUUGAAAAAGAUUGGAUUGGAUUGAAUUAUCUUGGGAGAAUUAUAAGGAUAUGGAAAUCCUAUUGGAUUUUUAUAUUCAUCCAUGUGAAUAAAUUGAAAAUGAUUGUACGAGGGCGAGAUUAUUAUA